CGUCUCCCCCACGUCUCCCCCGCAUCUCCUCCACGUCUCCUCCACGUCUCCUCCUCGCUGUCCUUCACUAGAACUUCCCGUCUGUGUGUUCAGGUCUUCCUCCGUUGGUCGCCUGCGAAACGAUCUCAGGAGGGUUUGCUUGUGCUCAGGUGUGAACGCUCACCUGGAGGCUGAGCUGCAGAGCAGGGCGGAGAAACCAAGAGAGGAAGUGAUGUAAGAGAGAAAACCAAACUGAAGGCUUCUGCAUUGUUCCUGACGCACAGAGAUUUCUUCACCUUCUUUGAAAUGGUGACAUUUUCUGAGCCGGUUGUGAAAUAGUCUUAUAGAAAGGUUCCUCGGCCUCUUUCUGCUCCUCUUUUUUUCAUUCCGAUAGGCUCCGCCCCCAAAACUGUUGUUCUAUUGUUGAUCAUGUCGCAGAAACAUCACCAAUUCUUCUUCUCCGUUUAGAUGUUUUCCUUCCAGCAUUGGUAAGAACUUGGUGUUUACUUCUAUAAACAGGACCAGAGGAUUUAGCCGGCGUCCCAGAAUCCUUUGGAAUGAGAAUUAGGAGGCUGUGAACAGAUUAAUUUAUUUGCUUUGACGGACUAUGUUAAGUGAAUCCCCAGAGUCUGAUGUUUAUCUGAGCAGAACAUGUGAUCUCCACCUGAAGGUCACAGUCAUCUGUUUUCCUCUGCAGCUCCAGAACCUCCAAACGUGGAUCAGGGAGGAGGACAGAUGAUCCCACUGAAUGUUGGACUUGGAUCAGAACCAGGUUUGGGAUUAUGACCAUCACGGUUCUGGAGGCCCGGAACAUCCCAAGAUGAAGAAGAACAUCUGUGGUGGUGUUCUGCUCAGAUUCAGAGUCUUCAUCACCCCCCCCCCCCCCCACAACAAAAACAAAAAAACGACAGGAACCGGUUCUUCUCUGGUUCUGAUGUUCACAUCUGAGAAAAGCAGAAGACGUCAGAGAAGAUGAAGGUCACGUUCUAGAAUGGUCCAAACCAAGAUGAACUGAGGAAGAGGAGCAGAGGAAGUUGAACUAGGAGCUUUUAUUUUGACGGUUCUGAUCCUGUUGUGGAGCAGCAGGUCUCUGCUCCUGCGGGUUGUUGUUUGCGGGACGUCCCGCCCUCAGCACCCUCCACCCCCCGCUGUGAUGCAGCCAGGAGGCGGGCCGGUUCGGGCCGGCCCCGACUCGGCUCAUGUGUCUUCAUGUGAUCCAGGGGGGGGGGUUAUUCGGGAAAACCGUUCUCCCGCGGCGGGCUGCGGCAUUCGGCCGCUGACCAGGUCUGCGGCUCGCGCGUGCGUGCGUCGGUGCGUGCUCCGGUGGAGUCUUCCUCGCAUCAGUUCGGUUCGGCGCUGCGGUUCCGGUCAUGGGGGACGCUCAGUCUGCGCAGCGGGAGGACCGGGGGGAGGCGGCGGCGGCCGAGCAGGAGGCUCCGAGCGACACCAAGGAGACGCCUCUCAGGAACAACGGGCAGAUCUCGGAGCUCCACGCCAAAGCAGACGAGUCCAAAGAGGAGCUCAACGGCCUCCGUGAGGAGGUGCUUCCUCAAGGUGGGAACACACACACCUUCUCCAGGAGUCCAGUCUCUCCUCUUAUCCUCUCUUCUGUUUCAGUGGUCCUCCCUCCCAAAGAUGCUUCUGAAGAGGAGGAGGAACAGGAGGUGCCCAUGAGAAAUGAUGAAGAAGAUGAAGCUCAUGAAGAGGACACGAAGGAAAUGGAGGCCAAGCAGAACGACCUCAAUGAAGGUUUCAAGAAGUUUUUCAGCAGCAUCAGUUUGAAACUGACGGUGAAGAGAGGAUCUGUAGACAGAGGGGAAACAGAGAGACCCCCGACUGAGGAGGAACCCGGAAAACCUGAAGGAGGUAGAGAACCUCCUGUGAGCGAUGGAGAACAGGUCAGACAGGAAGCCCCAAACGAGUCCUCCUCCUAUCAGACGCCGGUCGACCAAACGUCCGCGGAUUUUCCUGGAAAACCCGACGAGAACACGACUGAAACCAAAGAGGAGGUUCCUGCUUCAGCCGACGAAGAACCACCUCCUCUUCCAUCCAGUCCUGACGACAAAGACACCCCCUUCAAGAAGUUCUUCUCCACCGGCCUCUUUUCAGGGCUCAAAAAGAAAAAGAAGUCCACCGAUGACGAGGUGACGGAGAAAGAGCUGAUGGAUCUGAGGAGGAAGAAAGCGGCAGAGCAGGAGGUCAUUCCAGGAGUAGAAGUGACUGCAGCUGAGGAGGAACCCGAGGAGAACCAGGCUGCAGAUGAGGCUCAAACCGCCGCUUCUCAAGAAAAGGUUCAGUCCAGUCCUCUGAAGCGCCUCUUGUCUGGGUCCAGUUUCAAGAGGAGCUCCAAAAAGCAGCGAGGCAGGAGGUCCAGCGAUUCCAGGCUGUCCAUCUCCGGGGAGCACGGCGCAGACAUUCAGUCGUCAACGGAGUCAGCGGAAAUCCAGAAGGAGGAGGCUCCCGCUCAGCCGUGCUCUGACCCGCCCCCCGCAGAGGAAGGAGCCUGGUCUUCCUUCAAAAAGCUGGUGACUCCUCAGAAGCUCCGGAAGAAGUCCGAGGAUACGUCUGCUUCAGUGGAAGCAGCAAAGGCAGCAGAAGGAGAGCCGGCAUCUGAAGAAGGACCAAGACGGAAAGACUCCUCCGUGUCCUGGGAGGCCGUCCUAUGUGGAUCUGGCAGGAGAAGAAGCCGCAAAACCUCAGACGAGGAGGAGGAAACUCCUCAGGCUGACGUUGAAAAGCAAGAAACAGAGGAGGCUCCAGGAGGUCCUAACGAGGCCUCAGCAGAAGAUGAAGGCUCGACCUGGAGAUCCUUUAAAAAGCUGGUCACCCCCAAACGAAAGGCAAAGGAUGAUGAAGAAGAAGGCAAGAAUGCCGCGCAGUCUGAAGAAGCUCUGCAGGAGGAGUCCCCCUUCUCCGUAAAGAAGCUCCUGUCUGGACAGAAGAACAGGAGGUCCGUGGAGAAGCAGGCGGCUCCUGCUGAGGCAGACCUGGAGGAACCUGCCGGGGAAGAUGAGACUCCAGCUGUGGUUCCGCUGUCCGAGUUUGAUCAGGAAGGAACGGAGGAUCAAGUCCCAGAAGAAGCAGACGCUGAACCCCAGCAGGACCUCCCACUCGAGACAGAGAAGCUCCUCCCCCCUGAAGGGCAGCAAGCCAAGGAGAUCCUGGACGAAGCCUCGGGCAAUGAGGGCUCAGAAGCUCCUCGUACAGUGGAAGAACUGGAGGACCUCAGCGAUGAAAACAGUGAUCUUCAAGCACUCAGUGAUAUUCCUGAGGAGGGCGUCGCCACAGAGGGGGCGGAGCUGGACGACACGUUAGCAGAGAAGCUCGUGGAGCUCACCUCAGAGGCCAUAACUGCUCCAGAACCUACAGACUUCACUCUGACAGAAGAAACCGAGAUGGUGUCUGCAGUGUCUCAGUUCUCAGAGUCUUCAGAAACAUCCGAGAACGCCACACCGGUGCCAGCAGAGGGCGCUCUCCUCGACAUGGAGAUGUCACUGCAGGAGGUCUCACAGACCACCUCCACGAGCCCAGAGGCCGUCCAGGGUCCUCCAGAGGAGCAGAGUUCUGAGCGCUCAGCGUCAAUCCAGAUCCUCGGUGAGACGGCAGAUCCACACGGACAAGUCCUCAAUGACCUGGAGACCCAAAACCUGAUCCUCGGUUCAGGUGACGCCCCUGAAACCUCCCCCACCGAGGAACCCAGUUCUCCUGAACCAGAUGCAGAUGAAGUUCAAAAGGUCCAGCUUUCAGAAAGUAUUGAGGCUCCUGAAGGGGACUAUCAUCUAGAAGAAUGUGCCGCCAAAGCCCCCGAGGAGGAGUCAGAGACGUUCCCUGAGGAGGAGGAACGACCUGGAGAUGCUGUCAUGGACCAAAGUGAAGAAGAACACCCAGAUGAAGCAGCUUCACCAGAACAAAUCCAGAUUCUUCCCGACAGCAAAGUCCAAACCACAGAAGACCUCUCUGAGGAGACUCCCUCUGGACAAGCGGACGACCCGGAAGCAGCUUCCCGGGACGAUCCGUCAGUAAUGGUUCCGCCUGAAGCAGACGCAGAAGAACCCAGAGAGGAACCUGAAACCACAGAGGAGACAGAUCAGGCAGACGUUACAGCACAGCCACACCUGGAGGAAGACACAACGCCCCCCCCAGAGGACACUCUGAUGGAGUCAGAAGAACCAAAGACGGCAGCUCAGCGUCUCACUGAAGAAACCCCCGAGCCGGAAGACGAGGGCGCAGAUGCUGCUCAAACAGACGUCUCUGAAGCUGCAGAGAUUCAGGAGGUCAAAGGUGACGACGCCUCAGGGUCAGAGAAUGAUGUGGAAACUCCUUCAUCAGAAGAUGCUCCUUCACCUGAGGGGGUUCCAGGUGAACCAGAGCAGUCAGAGCAGCAUCUGACUGUAGGACCCAAUGAGGAAGACAACAGGGAUCCAGAUGUUCUCCACGGUGAGAUCUCCACAGCCUCAGAGGUCCAAGAAGCUGCCAAAGUCUGCUUGGUAGAGUCUUCAGAGGACGUUCCACCUGAAAAAGACUCAGAGGAACCAAAACUGUCUGAAGGUGCAGAAGAAGAAACACCAGAGAUGGAUCAAGGAGCUCCGCCCUCACAUGAUCUCCAGUCAGCUGAGGGAGAUUCAGAUGAACCAGAACAAACAGCUGAGCAAGAAAACAAAGAACCAGAACCAGAUGUUCCUGAAAAGGACUUCUCUGAAGCUCAGCAAACAUCUGGACUACAAUCAGAGGAGAGCAGAGUCCAGUCACUUAUGGAAGAUCUAGUAGAAGAAGAUCUCUGUCCUUCAGAAACAGCAGAGGAACCCAGGCUGGAACCAGGAGUGCUGCCUUCAGUCCAUGUGGAACCCGAAAAUACUGCAGAGGCCAUCCUGCUAGAUCCAGGAGAAGAAGAGGAGCCGGUCUGUGAGGAUCUAGAGUCUGAGCCCCAAAUCCACCAAGAUCUCCCUGACCGUAGAGCUGCAGCUGCUGAAGAAGGUGUCCUUCCACCCGACGCCCAGCCUGAAAAUGUUCCGCCGCCAGAAGGAACCGGCAGUCCUGCUGAGAAGGAGACGGCAGAGCAAACUCUGAAGAUCCCCCACCCACACCGAGCUCAGGCUGAGCUGCAGGACAGCCCCGCUGAAGCUGUGCAGGAGCUUCCAGCAUCUUCAGCUCUCCACGUUUCCUCCAUCAACCAGGAGCCCAGCAUCGCCUGGCUCCUGGAAAAGACCACGUGCCCCCAAACAUCUGCAGGGGAGAGCGCUCAGGUUUCUGCGGAAGCAUUCUGGGAGACGAAGAUCUGCGCCGUGGAGGAGAGGCUGGAGGGCGGAGCGGCGGCCGAGCUUCCCGCCAGCGAGGCCAGAGCAGCUGUGACGGUGGACGCUGCCGCGAUGGAGGUGGCCUCCUGCAGCCUCAGAGAGACUCUGCUGAAGAAGCCCCACCUCCUGCUUCACGAGCCCCUGAUAGGCGUGCUCGCAGGAGAAGAAGAGUUCAGCAGCACCGUGGAGACCACCGCACCUUUGGAAGCAGACCGGAGCAGCGAGAGCGCCCAGGCCGCCAGCACGGUCCAGAUGAUGCACAUGCCCACGGUGGAGUACGAGGAGAACCACCGGAUCCAGGUGCAGGUGAAGGACGUGGACGUCCGCUGGGCUCAGCGCAGCGUGGAGAGCCUGGUGGAGCUGGGGGUCACCGAGUCCAGAGAGGUCAUAGAUGUUUGUCACGAAUGCAUCCAGAGAGUGGAGAAGCUCUCCGCCGCGUCCCACACGGAAGAGGAGGUGAUCAACGAGGUGGCCGAGGUCACGUUCCACGAGGUCGUCCAGGAAAUCCAGGGCCACUUCAAGCAGGACGAAGCCGGAACGCGUCUGAGUUUUGAGGAGGUCGUCUAUGAUCUGGAGACCACGGCACCGUUGGAAGGAGACCGGAUCAGCGCCAGCGCCGAAGAAUCCAGCACGGUCCUGAUGAUGCACGCGCCCACGGUGGAGCCGGAAGACUCCAUGGAGCACGACCACAGACAUCUGGAGGAACAUCUGGAGAAGCAGGUCCCUCCUGGAGAUGCAACAGCAGAGGAACCCGCCAGAGCGGAACUCAGCGCCGUCCAAACCCGCCAGAACCAGAUCGCAGCCCAGCCCAGCUCCAGAUCCAACCUAGGACUGAUCUCCUCCAUCGGAAACGUGGAGCCCCCCUCCAGCCUGUCUCUAGAGUUCAAACUGAACAUCCAGUUUGGGCAGGUCACGCCGCCUGCGCCCCCUGCAGGAAGGGUGGGGGCUGUGCAGCAGGCGGACUCAUCCGAGUCUGAAGCCCAGAACCAGAACUCCUCAGAAGCUGCAGAGUCCAGCACGCGCUCGCCUAAAAGAGCCGCGCUGCAGGACGUCGGCAUCCAAGCCAUGGAACCUGUGGAGGAAGUCCAGACCACGGAGAGACGGGCGCCAUCGGUCCAGGCCGCAGACGCCGUGUCGCCGCUGGGUCCCAAAGACAAGAGAAGCAUCUUCCUGGGAAAGCCAGAACCCUCCCAACCCAAACCGGAGGAAGCUCCAAAGCAGUCGGACGAGGACAACGAUCAGGAGGUGUGGCUGGAUGCUGAGGAGGACAUUUAUUCCCAGGAGGACCCUCAGGGCUCCAGUGGGGGGCCACACCAGCAGGAACCUGCAGAUGAACUCAGAGGGAGGAGUCAAACCGGGCCAGGUGCAGCAGAACGUCCCUCAGAGACGCUGAAACCGGCGGGAGCGUCCGACCUGGACAGCGAAGGAGAAGACUUCGCUGUCGCACUGGAGGAUCUGGAAUCCAGAGCGGCUCCUGCAGACGAGGACUGAGACGACCUGACAGGCCUGAAAAACUAACCAGAGGAAGGAGGAGGAGCUCCUCCACCCAUCCUCCCGCUGAGAUGCUCCUCCUGCUGACACUAAAGCCGUGGAGUCGCAGAUCUUCUCAGGAGGAGCUCAUCUGUUUCUUCACGCUGAUGUCCGUACAGAUCUCCUUUUUAACAAACUGCUCCCAUCACAGCGUCUGCAUGUAGAUACGUCAAGCCUUCAACUCCUGCAGGAGAAGCUGGAUCAGCAGAUUUGAACUGUACAGGAUCAGUGCUUUUCCAGCUUCUCGUUUUUACCCAGAAGGCAUGAUGAACCAAUGACAACAAGCAUUUAAUCUGAUUCCUGCGCUGCCCUUUCCUGCAGCACCUGAAUGCAGCGUUUUCUGGUCUCUCCUCCUAAUCCACAUUUAACUUUUGUAAACUCUCUCCUGUAUUCAGCUUGAGCAGAAACAAUGUUGAUCUUAAUAAAUUAUUAACGGCA